UGUAGGGCUGAUGAAAUUUACUCAGGCUUUGCUGUCAGACGGAUCUGGAAGAAGGAAUUCCCCUACAGUUGACCAGCAGAGAAUAAUUUCAACCUGUUACACUAUAAACAAAAACCAAAACUGGUCUGAUGCAGAAAUUGUUUUUUUUUUUUUUCAUAUUUAGGUUGCUUAGAAGUUUGUUCUUAAAUUUGCUGUUAGCUUAACUCCUCCAUGAGAAUUGUUUCUUUAUUCUUCAAACUGAAUUUUUUCCUACUGCUGCCCACUGCUAGUAACAUACUAACUACCCAUAACUAGUUCUCAGAACCCCACAUAGAUAUAAAAAAAAAACUAUCUGCAGCAUGCAGUUUUGUCUUUUUUAAUCCUUCCCCAGACAAUGUCUCAGCAAACUGAUACCUCCCAGUGUGGUGGGAUUGUGGUAGAAUUUGAAUCUGAUGACAUCACGGAUUCAAGAACUACAAAAGCAAGGAACAUACCAGGUUCAGCUCUUAUCUACCUCAAAGGUCCCAAGUUUCUCAUCUAUGUGAGUGGAGCUUUGUCAAUGUGGGGUGACCGCAUGUGGCACUUUGCAAUCUCUGUGUUCCUCAUUGAGUUGUAUGGCCACAACCUGCUGUUGACAGCGGUGUUUGGGUUGGUGCUGGCCGGCUCAGUGUUGUUGCUCGGGGCUUUAAUUGGAGACUGGGUUGAUCGCAAUCCCAGGAAUAAAGUUGCACAUGCAUCUCUUUUCAUUCAAAACACCUCAGUGACUGUAUGUAGCAUUGUGCUCAUGGUGGUGUUCUCAUAUAAGGAACGGAUAGAACAGAUCUGGGAUGGAUGGUUCACUGUGGUUUGUUAUACGGUGGUGAUCAUCCUGGCAGAUGUGGCAAACCUUGCAAGUACAGCGCUGACCAUUGCCAUCCAGAGGGACUGGAUAGUGGUUAUUACAGGCUACAACCGAGGCCACCUGGCUGGAAUGAAUGCAACCAUGAGAAGGAUAGAUCAGGUGACCAACAUCCUGGCCCCACUGGUAGUGGGACAGGUCAUGACCCUGGCCUCUAACGUGGUUGGAUGCGGCUUCAUCCUGGCGUGGAACCUCUUUUCUCUUAUUGUGGAGUUCUUCUUCUUGUCAAGAGUUUAUCGCAUCGUUCCUGCUCUUUCAGUCAAACCCCCGACGGUUGAGGGUGAUCAGGUGUAUCUAGAGAGCACAGAAAGAAGAGGGUUGCAAGAGGAAGGCAAUGAUGAACCACCUGAACUUCUGGCAGCGAGCAACUGCAACUCAAACAUGCACCUUAAAGAAAUCACCAAUUUACCACUGUGUUUCCAAAGCUUUCGCAGGCUGUUAAGCACAUGUAAGGAUGGCUGGAGGGCUUAUUAUCGACAACCCGUCUUCCUGGCUGGAAUGAGUCUGGCUUUCCUCUACACUACAGUCCUGGGAUUUGACUGCAUCACUGCUGGCUAUGCCUACACUCAGGGCAUAAGUGGCUCUCUCCUGAGUCUGUUGAUGGGCGUGUCGGCUAUCACAGGGUUGAUGGGCACUGUAUUGUUCACCAGGCUCAGAAAGUUGGUUGGCCUGAUUAAUACAGGCAUUAUUUCAAGCUGCCUUCACCUGGGUUGCUUGUUGCUGUGUGUGUGCUCUGUGUUUGCUCCUGGCAGCCCUAUGGAUCUUAGUCUGCUGAUGCCCUACUUUAGCUCCUAUUCCUCCGCUGAGCCUGGAGGGAUGGCAAGCAAAAAGCAAAAACACACUUAUCCUAUGACGGGAGGGAGCAAUCAGCCACUCCUUCCUGAUCGCUCCUCCAUCCACUGGACCAACAACACUGUCCUGUUUGACAAUGUCCCCUCUGGAACAAUACCGGACUCUUAUAUUUCCAUUAUUCUGCUAUUCCUGGGCGUCAUCACUGCACGCAUUGGUUUGUGGUGCUUUGACCUUACUGUGACACAGCUUCUGCAGGAGACCAUCUGUGAGUCAGAGCGAGGAGUAGUAAAUGGGGUGCAAAGCUCCAUGAAUUACCUAAUGGACUUACUUCACUUCAUCAUGAGCCAAGAGAAAACACCGCCUCGAAACAUAAGAAGGAGACACAGCUUAGAUAUGGCCACUGGAUCCAAUCUUCACCUGGGAAAUGAAUGCCUCCCUCCUGAUCCGAUACUGCAACACUCUGCUUGUGACUUAGGCAUUCAUUUCAGCACUGCACACUUGAUUUCAUAUGUGCAACAGAAGGAACAACUCAGGUGAACAACAAUAGGAGACAAGUUCUCCUAUGCUCUCCACAACCUAAGGUGGCUGCAUUAGAUGAAGCAAUAAUAUGUGUAGGAGAAAUGUCCAUCUGUAACGGACAGGAGGACACAAGGGUAAUGACUAAGGUAUCAUUUAUGUGCAAACUGCAGAGUUACUGCAGCUGUAAGACUUUCAAGCAAGUCUGCAACCUUACAAGACUUUAUGGAUAAAAGGGUGGAUGGACAGUGAGGCUUUUCUGGUCUUCUGGCAUUUACUCAGUGAAGGCAGGAUGUGAGGAAAACCUUACAAUGAAUGAAUAGAGGGAAAGCAAAAUGAUACUCUGACAAGUGGCGUUGAUGUUACUGAUCCGUCCACUUGGAAAUAUUCCAGGAUGUCCAGAAAGGAAUAUAAAGGGAACUGGAUGUGAGAUUGUUUCAUCAAAACAAUUAAAAGGCAGCCUCUGGUUCUAGUGGACAAAGUAAAUAGACAUAAGUAUUUCCCUCACCUGGUUUGUUUCUCUGUGGAUGAAUCAAGCAAACAUUUGCCUGUUUUAUAAAGAUGUAAACCUAGUUUAUGGAUUACAACGUCAAAACAUCUCGUCAUGCCUUUCAAAAGUACUCAUACUCUAUUUUACACUUUUUAUAUUUUGCUACAUAACAACCAGAGACCUAUUUUAUGUGGUAAAUCAACAAACAUUACUGUGUAUGUGUAAUAUGGACAAAAAAAUAUUGGUUUUCCUUUUUUUAAACCUUUUUGACUAAAUAUCCAAAAGCAUGGAGUGCAGUUGUAUUAAAUCCUCCCGGGUAUAUUCUUUUUAAAAACGCCUUUUGCUGCUGUUACGGCUGCAAGUCUUUUGCGUACAAACUUGGCACUCAUAGACACUGAAAUGUUCGCUUUUUUUCAGAAAAUUAAAAAAACAGUCAGGUAUUGCCUCUGAUUCUAAACGGGAUUUAAGUCUGCACUGUGACUGGAAUAUUCUUACACAGGCUUACAGGUCUGGCUGCAAAUUUAGGGUAGUUAUCCUGUUGGAAAGAGAAUCUCCAUCCCAUUCUACCCAAGUCUUUAGUGCCAGCUUGUCUGUGCCUGCCAAAGUAAAGCAUCACCAAAUUAUGACACUGCCACCACCAUGCUUUGCUGUGGAAGAGAUGUGUUUAUUAUGUCAUGUUAGUGUUUUUUCUGUGGGCCACAUGUUUCUCUUCCCAUAACUUACAUUUACAUACACAGAGCAUCACACAUAAAGUCUGUGAGAUGUUCAAAGCUUGGGAUGUUGUUUUAUAACCUAACACUGCUUUAAACUUCUCAACAACUUUAUUUGUCUUUCGUCAUGAUGUUGUUUGUUCUCCAAUGUAGUCCAACAAGCCUCUCCGAAAACUGAGAUGAAAUUACACACAGGUUUCUGACAGUGACUUCUCAAGGCAAGCAACUGCAUUGGAAAUUAUUUAGGGGUAUUAGAGUUAAAGGGGGUUGAAUACAAAUGCAUUCCACACUUCACAUCCUAUUUGUUUUAUUAAAAAAUAUAUAUAAUUUUCCUUCCCCUUCCUCUUUUUGUUAUUCACUACUUUGCGUUGGUCCAUGACACAAAAUCCCAACUAAACACAUUUAAGCUUGUGGUUGUAACUUGACAAAAUGUACAACAUUUAUGGUGCAUUACCACUUUUCCAAGGCACUAGUUUGAACAAACCUAAAAAGAGAUGAUUUUAUUCUACUCCUUUCUGUACAUAGGUUAGUUUAGGGUUUCCUUAAUUCUUUCCCUUGCUAGGAGUGAAAUUAUUAGCUUUAUGGAGAGCCAAGAGGAAACCAGUCUUGAAAUAUGUGAGUAGUUAUUAUGGCAGUAAAUGUUGACUGCUAUUGUAGUUCGGUUUUAAUUUUUGCUGCAUUGUUUUGUAGUUCUGAUGAACUCAACUGGUACCUUACCUCAAAUAGGAACAAGGAUGCACCAUACAACUCAGUCUCAGCUACUUAAUGUUUUCAUACUUCAUUCAUGUACAGUAGAACUAUCAACCAUGUUCAAUCAUCUGUUAAACAAGUAUCAUAUCUCAGUAUAUUUGUCUAAUUUUCCUGUGCAAUUUCUGUAUGUUGUCCUUAUUUAAAAUCUGAUGUUUGUGAUAAUAAAGAUGACUGAAUAUUAUCUUUGCAUCAAGUAAAUGUAUGUAAGAAACAUUUUUGUGUUGUUUUAGAUGGUGACUCUGACCAACCCCCCACUGAAUAAAUUGUUUGAUCCUUUAA